AUGCAUAAGAACGACAACCAAGAGGUCGAAGAGGCCCGCAGUUUUCACGAUGAAGGCCCUCAGAAAAACCACACCGACUACAAGUUGGUGGACAGUGAAGUCGCUAAAUAUGCUACCGAUAUAGCGAUUCACAUUGACGAGGCGACAAACCAGCGACUGAGACGCAUGAUCGAUAAGCGUAUUUUAGUCGUGAUGAUGUUUACAUACCUGAUUCAGACUUUAGACAAAGGGGCGAUGUCUUUUGCAUCGAUUAUGGGUAUCAUGGAAGAUGCUCACUUGGCGGACAAUCAAUACCAAUGGCUGACGACUGUCGUCUACCUCACGAUUCUAGCUGUUGAGUAUCCGGAAAAUUGGAUUAUACAACGCGUACCGAUUGGAAAGUGGCUUUCAGCCAACAUUUUGCUAUGGGGAAUCUGCAUUACACUCAUCGCAGCUAUGAAGAACUUCGUAGGACUUGUCAUUCUUCGAGCAUUAAUGGGCGCGUUUGAGGCUGCGUGUCAACCUACUUUCGUGAUUCUGUCCUCAACAUGGUACCAACGUGAGGAGCAGGGAAGUGUGAUCAACUACUGGUACAUGAUGAACGGUCUCCAAAACGUUGUUGGCGGGUUAUUGGCAUUUGGGUUUUCUUUUGUGCCAUCAAAUUCGCCGCUCAAGUCCUGGGAAGCCAUGUUCAUGACUUAUGGUCUCUUGACUGUCAUCUGGGCAAUUUUCGUGUAUUUCUGGAUGCCGGACUCGCCCAUGAGAGCGAAAUGUUGGACCGAAGAAGAUAAGCAGCUGAUGGUUGAGCGCGUGCGUCAAAAUCAAACCGGUCUGCAGAAUCGGAGCUUCAGGAAAGAGCAGGUUUGGGAUGCACUAACUGACCCGCAACUUUAUGCAUUUGCACUCAUCCAGCUUCUCACAACUAUCCCAUCGGGAGGCAUCGGCGCCUAUGCAAACAUCAUCCUCAAGUCAUUCGACUUCAGCACAUGGGAAGCCCAACUUCUGUCCAUGGUGAUCGGUGCAGUGACCACAAUAACCAUGCUGCUAUCCGCAUAUCUCGAUCGCAAAUUCCAUCAAACCAUAUGGAUUAUGAUUGGCUCCGUGAUCCCCUCCAUUCUCGGCUGCUCAAUUCUGAUCGGCAUUCCUUUCUCCCCCAGUAAGCGAGUCGGGAUGCUGAUCGCAUACUGGAUCUUCUAUUCUUUCUUCGCAGUCUCGUCCCUCUCUCUUGCUCUUUUGUCCCGCAAUGUCGCCGGUCAAACCAAAAAGUCAAUCAUCAUUGCCUGCAACUUCGUGUUCUGGGCUGCCGGUAAUGCCGUCGGUCCUCAGGUGUUUCGCGACAAAGAUGCGCCGCGGUACUACCUUGCGUUUUCAAUUUUGAUAGGAUGCUUUGGUCUUGUUGUGAUUAUUUUGCUUUGUCUGAGACUUUGGUAUAGCAUGCAGAAUCGCAAGCGAGAUGCGAAGAUUGCUUCGGGAGAAGUGGUUCCUGAUGUUAACUUCACUCAUGCCUUCGAAGAUGUCACCGACCGCGAGAAUCCUCAUUUCCGAUACGUUUACUGA